CACCUCUGCGCCGGCCAACUUUCCUCUUUAGUUCCCUGGAGUCGCUGGUUUAUUCCUGAGCUCAUACUUGUUGGUAUUCCGUCUUGGACAGAGAUUUCCAUUCCGCCCACGGUUGGCCAUGAUCCGCUGAGAUUUACAAACAUCACGACUUCCGCUAUUGAGAAAACACGCCGUUACCCUGAACACUGGAACACUCAAAGAAAUUAUUCACCAUGGUCGACUGGGUCAGUUUGGCCAUACCGUUCGCCUACCUAGGUGUCCUAAUUGGCUCCCUCGCUACCUUCUCCUCGCUAUACCGCAAGCGCAAGGCCCAAAAAGCUUCUUCUCUCGAACCAUGGUUCCCUGCUCACCUCCAGCGCGAUAUCUACUUCUCCCUCCUGCACCUCGAUCAGCCCGCCAAAGACAAUACUGAGAAAAAGGCCGCGGUGCCCGAGUCAGUGCUCAAGGCCGCACUACUGAGACGCGCGACGGAAGACAUCAACAGGGUGUUGGCGCUGCGGAGCCAGAAGCAGGCGCUGGCUAUGCUUUUGCAGAGGGGUAGUGUGGGUGAUGAUCUGUGGCAGCGGUUUAUCAGGGCUGAGAAGGAGAUGGAGGAUGAGGUUAGGGAUGUUGUUUCUGAGGCGAACGCAUACGCACCGAACUGGGGCCAAACAAUCUUCCAAUCCGCCAACGAAAUGAUGAACAACAACAUCGUCCGCCAACGCAUCGAAACGCACCAGUCCAAACUGGCCGAGGAACGCGAAUGGUGGGACCGCAAGAAGGCUAAUAUCAAGGAUGGUUUCAUGAAGGAAUUGGAUGCUGAGGGUUCCUCUACCACUACCAAGACUGAGCCUCCUCGUCCAUCCUCUUCUUCCGGUGCCAACGCGACCACCGACAACACGACUACCCCGACUAGCUCGACGGCUGGUGUGAAGACGCCUGAGUCUUCGGCUGCACCGUCGGUUGCUAGUGAUGAUGAUGCGGUGUUGGUGGAGGCUGAUGGUCAAGCAGGGAACACUACACUCGGGGGUGGGAAGAAGAAGAAGAAGGGGAAGAAAUAGAUCGGUUGUGAACUUCUUUUCUUCUUAGUUGUAUUGAAUAUAUGCUUUAAGAAUAUGGUUUUAUAUUUUGUGAAUAUGUAUAAACAAAUGGUUAAUGCAGUAACUGAGAGUCUAAAUAUACAAAACCCUAUGUACGAAGCCUCGUUCUUCAAAACGCCAAAUAUGCUUUAAAAGGUGAGAUAUACAAUACACGCUUUUAU